UAAUUCAAGUUAAUCAAAAGAGCACAAACAUGGUCACAAUGACUGUUAUUUGUUUUGCAAUUUAACACUUUGGUUUUCUUUUUCAUGCCUAUCCAUAGCUCUUGAUAUGAAACAUCCCAAGAUGUUCAAAACAGAUGAUCCUGGAAAAAUUAUUCGUAGAUUUAAUAAAUAGUUAAAAGAAAUUUCUAGGUUGAUAACUGCACAGUUGGAGGCUAGAUUGGUUUCUAUGACACAAUAACCCUCAAAUUGGUCUCUUAUCGCUUUAACAAUUGAUUUCGGUUUGGCCCAUCGAAGAUAAUCAUGAUACAAAUUCAGCUGGCUUAGGGCUAUGAAAGCCGAAAACAUCCAAAGCGCUGGUUUACUCGGAGUGGUUCACGAUGUCUACACUAUGGCUUGCUGUUUAUAGUUUAGCUGUAUUGUCGACCGUGUGGUGUGAUGUGGAGCAAACCAGCGAUAAUUCAGAUAAAAAGUUGCCUAGUGAAAAUCGAGAUAUAAAGACGACAUUUGCGAAAGGCUAUGUACUUGAAAAUUAUACAAAAGAUGAGGAAGAAAAUGAUUCAAAAUUGGAUCUUGUGUUGGGUCGGCUGGUGAAACUACAGAGCCAGCUAAACUCACUGCGGACAAACGUGGAAACAAUGUGCGCACCAGAAAACUUAAGGUUCAAGAAGCCGACGAUUUUAAGGGUCAUUGAAAAAAGUCAAUGCCAGACGAGACCUUCUGAAAUUGGAAUCAGGUAUCAAAUAGAGAAUUGUGGCGAAGGGACAUCAAAGUUAGGGAACUUUUUCAUUGCAAACGGAUCGUCACAUGCUUAUAACCGAGAUGAUUUAUUUUGCACUGUUUUUGUUCCUUUCACAAUACCGGAAAAGCAGUAUGUGGCCAAAGCGAAAAUCUACAAUGUAAUAUCAUUUUUUGGAACGUAUUAUGGAUUUCCAGGAAUUGCGUUCAACAUUGAAAACGGAAAAAAUUUUGAUUUUGUCAUCAUCAGACUACACUCCAGGCUUGGCUGUUUUCAGACGGGUUACAUGCAGAAUGGCGCGGUUCAAUAUGUGAGAUCAAAAAGUGGAUCUUGCUAUAAGCACCCAGAAGGACGAACCUGGUUCAAUGUCGAGGUUCAAGUGAUGACUGGCGAAGCAACAUUAUUUAUCGAUGGCUUUCAGACCGUGAAAUUCAGUCCUCACUUUAGUCCCAUUGGACGCGCUGGUGUGCUUGUCAAGCAUGGGGAUGGAAAUAUCAUACGGUUCAAAGAUUUGACUGUAGCGCCUUUUUACAAAAGACAACUCAAUGUUUUCGAAUGCAGCAAAUAUCACCGAAUAAAUGCAAAUUACUACCGCCUUGAUUCAAAAGAAGGGAACUGGCCAGAUUCUGGGUUUUGCAAAAGCAUAGGGAAUUUCAAAAUAAAUAGCACAGAGUAUUCAAUAAGCGUAUUUCUGUUUAACCAGAGAGGACCUGAUGGAGGUCAUCAAUCAGGAAGGCUUGGAAUAAUGUUCAACGCACAUGAUGAAAACAAUUUUGAUUUUGUAUAUUUCAGGCCAGAAGAUCAAAGAGCGUGCUAUUUUACAGGUUUUGUCCGAAAUUCACGGAUAACAUGGUCAAAUGCAAAAAUUGGUGCCUGCCCAGGAGGUCCGUUUAAAGGUGGUGCUUGGAACAAUGUUACCAUCUAUGUCAGGAACAGCAACGUCGUGGUUUAUCUAGAGGGAAGACAUAUUCUAUCGACCGAAACACAUUUCAAAAGCAGGCCAGUUGGAGGAGUAAUUGUUUCAAAUGACAAUGCAAUAAAUGUCAUAUCUUUCAAGGACUUCAAAAUAAAUGCCAUCUCUCCAGCUGAUGUCACAUUCUAUGACUGUCAUACCAACACACACAUAUCUAACAGCUACUACCUGUUAGAUGCAAAUCACGGAGUAUGGCCAAACGACACAUUUUGUCGAGCUUUUGGCAACGAGGUUCUGCAUGGUGAUAACUAUAAGAUUUCUGCUGAGAUGUUUAUUACUGAAAGUAAAGUCGACAAAAAAAUUAACCAGCUUUACGGUUUAGCAUACAACAUACGCAAUACUUUGAACUACGACUUCAUCGUUUUAAGGCCAAACAAAGACAGCUGUUAUAGCAUUGGACAUGUGUUUAAUGGUGUUGUAAACUUCGAUGAGUCUCUGAACGGCAAAUGUCCAAAUGGUCCUCCAAAGAAAGGGUCCUGGUUCGAAAUGUCUGUUACAGUUUGGCAAUCAAUGGCUGUUAUAUAUUUGGAAGAAAAACAUAUUUUGACUAUAAAACCGAAGUUCCAGAAUAGCCCUAGAGGAGGGGUGAUUGUCUCGAACGGUAACAGAAAUAUACUUACAUUCCGGAAGUUCAAGCAGUAUCUGAUCCCUCCACUAGAAUUUGAGCUAACUAGAUGUGGGCCUAAAACAGAUGUCAUAAACGGAACAUUCUUACUACAUGCUGCGCAGCCGUACUGGCCAUCGAACCUGUUUUGUUCUGCAUUUUAUAAAAAGCCAUUUGAAACAAAGACAGAACAAUACACCCUGGAAGCGAUGCUUCAGAACGUAAAUAGUCACUCUGGGGUAUAUCUUGGCCAUCCUGGUCUUAUGUUUAAUGCAUUAGAUCAAAGCACUUUUGAUUACGUUUACUUACGGUUGCACAAUAAAAAGCAUUGUUAUCAAUUCGGCUCGAUUGUGAGAGGAUACAUACAUUGUUGAACUUCGAGGGAAUUCUGGUUCCUGCGGAGUAAUGAGGCCGGAACAAGGCAGUUGGUUUCGACUAACCGUCAAGAUAUCGAAGAAGGAAGUGAAGCUGUACAUUGACAAUGUAUAUAUAGCCAGAUAUUUUACUCU